GCCUCAGAUCCUCAGAUCUCAUCCGCUGAUUGAUACUUGAGCUCCCUUAUUAAGACCUGCGCCAAUCCCGAUCGUUAAUUUUUGGGCGGCAUAUCACGUGAUGACUUCCCGAUUCAGCUACGUUCGGCCGUGUCGUCAUUCAGGUCUAUCAUCGGCAAUGGUGAAACGAACUAUCGGGUCCUAUCCCAACGCAAAACCGCUUGUCCUUCAACCACCACCUCCUCCGCGAUGUCAUCUGACGAGAGUGGUACUGGGAAGCCUCCGCAGAAGGGAUGGAAGAAACGAAGACUGCAAGGAGCCUGCGAUGCGUGUAGGAGGAAGAAAAUAAAAUGCGACAGCAGGAAUAUGCCUGGCAACCAAUGUUCCAAUUGUCGAGCGUUCAACUCGCCCUGUACUCAUGACGAACCUGCAAAGAAACGCGGACCUAAAAGCAAUUAUGUGACUCGUCUCGAGAAGAGAGUAUUGAAGCUUGAAGAAAUUUUGAAGCAGUUCCAGCCGGACGUUACUAUCCCUGAUUUUGAUGAACCGGCGUCUAGCACUGGGACAAGCAAUAAUGUGGAAAAUUCAACCAAAGACUCUCCUUUAUCUGAUAACCUUGAUGGUGGCGCUGCCACAGACGAUUCCGACACCGACCCUGACAUGGAGUACAUCGAAGUGAUGGACCAGAUGAAGAAAAUGUCACUACACAUGAUGGACAACCGCUACUUUGGACCGUCCAGCAAUCUCGCAUUCAUGCGCAAGGCAUUCUCAAUGAAAAGUGAGCAAACUGGACAGGAAGUCAAUGUUAAAAAGGAACAUUGGAAGAAUUGGCAGACUCAUCCCUGGGAACAAGCAACCGUCGAAAUGAGUCGGAAUACUUUCUAUUUUCCGCCACCCGACCUUCUUGCGGAUCUCGUGGAGCUCUAUUUCACCCAAUUUCAUCCGUACAUGCCCAUUAUGCACGAGCCAACUUUCCGCCAUUCUGUAGUUUCAGGGCAGCACCAUCUUGACCCUAGAUUUGGCGCCGUGGUACUCUUAGUAUGUGCUGUAGCUUCAAGAGCGUCCGAUGAUCCUCGUGUUUUCCUGGAAGGCAUGUCGGAGCACUCGUCGGGGUGGAGAUGGUUUGUACAAACCAGGGAGAUGCCGCGAGCCCUGUUCGACAUGCCAAGCCUGUAUGACCUACAGUUUUGUAGCCUAUCGGCGGAGUUUCUCUUGGCUACCUCUUCACCUCAGUCAGCAUGGACUAUGAUUGGGUUGGGUAUUAGGUAUGGUGUGGAGAUGGGUUUACAUCGACAGCGACCAGAGAAACCUAAUUACGAAACAGAACUGAGUAAAAGAGCAUUCUGGGGCUUGUAUGUUCUCGACCGACAUCUGUGCUUGUAUCACGGUCGACCUCCAGCAAUUCGGGAUGAAGACUUUGACCUCGAGUUUCCGAUUAUCUGCGACGACGAAUACUGGACAAUAAACGAAGGAGGAUGCGAAUUUAUACAACCUUCGGGCGUCCACAGCAGGAUGGAUUAUUUCAUCAUGCAUCUGAGGUUGUGUCAAAUCAUGUCUUUUGCCGUAAGGACGCUCUAUUCCAUCCGUAAAGCGAAGCAGGCAGAGGGUUUAGUAGGUGCAAGUUGGCCCAAGAAUAUCGUUUCGCAAUUGGACUCUAUGUUGAAUGGUUGGAUUUUUCAGAUGCCAGAACAUUCAUCGUGAAAACAGGAUUUUCUCUUAUCAGGCUGCAUUGCUAUAUGCAACGUAUUACCAUGUACAAAUACAGAUCCAUCGACCGUUCAUUCACAAGUCGUCACCAUUCACGUUUCCCUCACUUUCGAUUUGCACUAAUGCAGCGCGGUCCUGU